AGGGCUUGAACACACCACGGCGCGGCACGCGAGUCGAACAUCCUAACCAUUGGACCAAAGCGCUCCGCUCUAAAAUAUCGCUUAAAACCUGCGCUCAUGAAAUAUUCAUAUCGUAAUGGGCGGUGUUCGGUUCAUCGAUCAUUGGUAAUCAGUCCAAUGCAUUUUGGUCCCAUCUGGCUGAAUUCUUAAAACUAAUACAUUUCAUUGAAACGGCUCACAAUACCGCAUCAUAGUCAGAAAUUAUCAAGGUCGCUAAUAAACGACCAGCAAAAAAAAAACCACUCAAGGAGAAAAUGAACACGCCAAAGAUAAAAAAUAAUGUAACGGCUGUGCUUAACUCCUAAUGGAUUAUGGCAUACAUUAGCAAUAUUCCGGGAGUAUAUACAUUAAAAAAUUAAGUAUUAAGAGGCGAGGCAGGCUAAAAGCAUUGCCAAAUUAUUGAGUAGGUUACUGUUUUAGGGAAGCUCUAACAAUAUUACCGCAGCGACUCAAUAAAAUGGAUGAUACUGCCGCGACGAUCGUUUACUUUGCGUCGUCAGAGUUCGAGACAGUCUUGUGCCGUUAAUGUUUCUUAUAUCACCCGCGCGUGAUAUACGGUAAACUGGUUGAGUUCUGUGGUUUAAUUUCACUGCUUGAGCUUGAAGAAAACAGAGCAAGUUUUUCCGAGACCUAUAACGAUGGCAUGUGAUGAAGCUUGCAAGAAGCCUGAACAUACCUCCAACGGUGCUGAAAAUGAGAAACCGAGUUUGGAGUACCAAUUCGCAACGACUACGACUCUGCACGGCAUCGGACGGGUGGCAGAGAGCAGCGGGGCUCGAGCCAAGAUACCGUGGAUCCUCGCGCUGCUGGUCGCCAGCGGUGUCUACGUGUAUGUCACGGCCGAUCGUAUUCAGGCGUACCUGAAGUACGAAGCCAACACCAACGUCAUCAUUGAGUUCAACAAAACGCUGGCAUUUCCGGCCGUGACUAUCUGCAACUACAAUCGCUUCAUGAAAUACAGAAUAGAUGACGACGACAAGAAAUACGUGAGCCGUCUCCUGCGGGUAGAGGAAUACCUCUCCGACUACGACUACCAGGAUUUCAAUUUCAGUCAGAUCGACGACGAUUUCAACUAUACCAACUUCGCUCUGUCCUCUGGGUUCUUGCUGGAAGAUUCUCUGCACGAGUGCAGUUGGAAAGGUGGAGACAAAAGCUGCGACGCAUCCAAUUUCUCGUCGUACUAUUCCCCAACUUUCGGUCAAUGCUACACGUUCAAUGGUCCCGGCGAGAAUCGCAAAAUAUACGCGCAAAGUCGACAAGGUAUCGGCAAUGGCCUUCGACUGAUCAUCGACAUAAGACAGCCGGAUUAUACGGAAACUUACGAAAGUGGUCAUGUGGAAGCAGGACUGAAAUUCGCCAUCCACCCACCUGACGAGUUGCCCCUCAUCGACACAAUGGGUUUAUCAGCAGCCCCUGGUCUUCAUACCUACGCAUCGAUGCGUUUGGUUCGCCACAUAAAUCUGCCCAAACCAUGGGGUGUUUGCGGUACGGAGGAGGCAGAGGAAGAGCCCAUGAAAUACAGUCGUAACACUUGUCUCAGGAACUGCCGACGUGAUGCCAUCAUUUUAAAGUGCAGCUGUCAGCCUCUCGGGCACGAGAAAGCGUAUCGUCCGGAUUCGGAUCGCCCUAGCCCUGUACGACAUUGUGACAUCGACGACUUUCGCUGCGUAAGAGAUGCUCUUCGAAUCCACCGAGCUUCAUCCUUGGGGCCCGACUGCGUUUGCCCCGUGGCCUGCGACUACGUGACUUACGAGACCACCUUAUCCUCGGCGAUAUAUCCAAGCCAAAGUGUGAUCAAGGCAGCUAUAAGCGAUAUCGGGGAUGUGUCAUCAAACGAUGACAUCGAGUACGUGAAGGCGAAUAUGGUAUACUUGGAUGUGUACUACACGGAUCUCAGCACCAUUACGUACGAGCAAGUACAGGCCCUGCCGUUCACGGCCCUGCUGGGAGAUCUUGGCGGUCAACUUGGACUGUUUCUUGGGGCCAGUGUUCUCACCGCUAUGGAGAUAAUGGACUACAUCACGAGACGACUUCAGCUGCUGAUCAAGAGGGUGAAAUCGCGGAAAAAGGUACAAAAUGGGACUUGAAUUGUGAUGCCUGUCGUAUCGUUUGUCCCUUGGUUGCAAGACUUCGUGCGUAGAGCUUUAAAGGUCCCGACCAGUAAAUAAACUGCCAACGACAAUUCCCCCACUUCAGGAAUUUAGGAAAAAUACUCACAGCUGACAGUUGUCGAGACACUUAAAAUUAAAGCUUAUUUCUUCAUCUUCAUUUUCUUUUCAAUUUUUCUGUGGGUAAUCCGAUGACUUUUGGGAGACAUUUCCAUCCGAAGAUGAUCACCCGUUACAAUACUCCUGAAGAUGCAUCGCCAGUUGCAAAAUAGAGUAAUCUUUCCAGUUCACGGCCCAAAAUAUGCGAGCAUGCAAAUAGUGAUUUGGCCGGCGAAGGUAAUUUCGGACCGAUUUACUGGCCUGCAUGCACCCAUAUAUUUUGUUUGCGUCAUCGCAAGAACUUCCGACAGUCAUUUAGGCCUACCUGUAUGUUGCUUUUAUUGCGUCAGGGAGAUGUACAAAAAAACUCACAAGCUGAAGUCUGCACUAUUAAGCGGGAGGUUGUUGGUUUGAGUCCCUCCCGAGUAAGCCUGUGUUUUUCCUUCGUAAGGCCUUGGACAAGGAAUAAACAUUACGAAUUACAUCGGUGGGAGCCAAAACCGAAAUACUUCGAGCAAAAUUGCCAUUACGGACCAUUAUCAAUCUGUUUUACUAAGUCGCCGGGGAAAGACUAGCCGCACAUUGGCGCAACCAUUAGUCGAAGAUGAAAAAAACCAAGGGGUCGCGUCUACGAAUUGUGGUCCUUCUUGAGCGAACUAU